AUGGCGGAGGCAACCGCGCUGGCGCUGGAGGCGCACCUCCACACUGUUGAGCUGACUGGGAUUCUCGGCGCUCGCCAAGCAUCCAUCAAGGCACCCAACAUCCUGAGGAGGAACCUGUCGUAUGUGGACUCUGGCAGGCGGGCCCUACAACACCGGACUGGGCAAGUGCUUCACUUGCAUCUGCAUGCAACGAGCACGGGCGGUCAGCCAGGGGCAGAUGCAGCGGCCAACGGGCACGCAGUGGCGGGAGCAACGCAACAGGGCAGCACGGCGGAUCCAAGCAGACCAGACGCCGGCGGCAGCACAGCAAAAGACGUCAUCAUUGCAGCGCUGUGCGUCGUGGUGCACAGCAGCGGCGAAGAGGGAUAUGUGCCCAUCGCAGCGCGCGCCAUGCCGGUACCGGCGGCCGCCAAGGAGGCGUCGCUGGCGGUACAGCUGCCGCUGGGCGGCAGCCCCCGAGCCGCGGGCCUAGCUGUGGUGCUGAUCCACCAGCGCAGCACUCGCCUGGCGCUGCUGGUUAGCAUGGCCUGCCAGCGCUGCCGCCGGCGCGCAGGUGGCAGCAGCAGCAGCAGCGGCGGCGGCACGGCAGCAGCCGGCUCAGGUUGCAAGGUGGUCUCGCCCAGCGUCACCGCCGCCGCAGCUUUCCAGCUGGUGCCCAGCGGCUCGGCGGUAGCCUACAGCAUUGUUCACCUAGGAGACCCCCUGCGGGCCGGCAGCGGCGGCGGCAAGCAGCAGGGGCCGCUGACCAAGCUGGACGGCGUGCUGACCACGCACGAGCCAGCCGCAGCCAGCGACAGCUCAGCAGCGCCCCCACCCAUCUCCUUCCCGUGGAUACAGUUUGGGCCGGGGCCGCAGCGGGGCGAGAACGGCAGCAGGAGCAGCGGCAGUGCCGGCGGCAGCACACGCCCCAGCGAUGGCGCCAGCAGCAGCAGCAUCCGGACGCAGUUUUGGUAUGGCAUCAGCGUGGGGUCGGCAGCCGGAAGCGGCAGGAGCAGGCAAGGCGAGGUGGAUGAGCGGGGGCGGGAGCAGCGGGAGGCAGUCGGCCCCGGUGCCGCGGUUGCCGGCACCAAACGCAAGGCCGGCGUGCUGGCAGGGGAGCAGCAUCAGAAUGGGCGUGCCUCGCAGGCGGCGCUGCCGGCAGCCGAGGCGCAAGCGUCGCAGCAGCAGGGCGCGCAGCCGCCACCCCCCAGCCAGCAGCAGCAGCAGCAGCAGCAGCAGCAGCAGCUGGAGCCCCUCCUGACCUUCUUCUUCACCUCCUUUGACGGCGGCCGCACCGCAUGCGCGCAGCUGCGCGGCUUCCGCUGCCCGCUGUCCUCCUGCCGCGGCCUGCGCUGCCACAGCUACGCCGCGCUGCAGCAGCACCUGCAGGCCUGCCACAGCUACCAGAGCUGCUACUUCUCUGAUGCGCUGCCCGGAGGCGACCUGGAAGUGUACCUGCGCUGCAAGCCGGCCUGGCGCGAUGCCCAGGGCGGCUUCUUGCCCCGCCAGCUGGCGCCUGCCACCCUGGAGUCACACCCGCUGGGCACGCUGCUGUCCCGCACCCACAUCCUGCGCCCCCUCAUGUACCACUGCCCUCGAGCGCAGCGCAGCCUGCGGCUGGGCCAGGGCGGGCGCUACCCGCGGGAUGAGGAGGAGGAGCUCGCGGAGGCGGAGGCGGAGGCAGCGGCGGGGCUGCUGGCGCAGGAGGGCCCCGCGCCGGGCGAGGCGCCCAGCAGCAGCGCGCCGCUGAGCAGCAGCCUGGGCCCGACCGCCACCACGGCGGGCGGCAGCGGCGCCAGCACCGAGCUGGCCGCCGCCGCGCGGCAUGCCGGCGGCGGCAGGGCGGCCGCGGCGGCGGCCGCGCGGCGCCUCAGGGUGGGCGGGCGUGGGCGAGGACGCAAGGGCGCGGCGCCGGUGCGGCGGCAGGGCCACGGCCUGGAGAUGCUGACCCAGGAUGGGCGCCCCAAGUUCUAUCACAGCCGCACCUGCGUGGCCAUGACCCGGCAGGAGCUGUUUGGCAGCGGCGACUGCCUGGCGGAGAGCGAGGACGACCUGCUGGAGUGGCAGCGCGACUGCCGCCAGCGGCUGCAGGAGCAGGCGGGGCUGUGCGCCGAGGAGCGGGAGUUCAUGUUUCAGUGGAACCUGUUUGUGCACAAGCACCCGCUGCACGCAGACGCCGACCUGCCCGCGGCGGUGCAGCAGUUUGCGGCGCAGCAGGCGGCGCGCCUGGCCGGGGAUGGCCCCUUCCGCCGCUGCCUGCUGUCCUACCUGCUCAACCUGUGGCGCUUCCGCCUGCUCACGCCGCAGCAGCUGCAUGAGCUGACCCGCAGCCUGCCGCCGGUGGCGUGA